AAAGGAUCUAGGAUUAGUUGUUGAAAGAUAAUCAGACUUGUUGUUGUUAACAAAAUUUAUCUUUCAAGGACUCGUUGUUGUAAAGACUUACAAAUUAAAGACUUGUUGUUGCAUGAGAGCGACUUGUUAACAAAAAUAUCUUUCACGGACUGGUUGUUGCACAUACGUACAAAGACUUGUUGUUGCAUGAGACUUGCAUGGCUAUAAAACAAGGGCAGGUGUCCGAGAGAUAGAGAGAGAGAGAAGAGAUUUGAAAUGUCGAAGAUAACUUUAGGAAACGAAUCACUUGUCGGGUCUUUGACUCCAUCCAACAAGAAAUCGUACAAACUGACCAAUAAGAUUCAAGAAGGGAAGACACCUUUGUACUCUGUUGCUUUCAACUUCAUCGAUGCUCGUUACUUCACUUGUUUCGUCUCCGCUGGUGGCAAUGGGAUUAAUCUGUACAAUUGUCUUGAAGAUGGAAGCAUAUCUUUAUUGUACGCCUUCGCUGAUGAAGAUAAGGAGGAGGAAUUUAACACUGCAAGCUGGGCGUGUGGCGUUGAAGGGAACCCAUUUGUUGUGGCUGGAGGAGAGAAAGGCAUAAUCCGAGUCAUUGACGUAAACAAUGAAAAGAUUCAUAAGAGCCUUGUGGGCCACGGGGAUUUAGUGAACGAAAUCAGGACACAGCCUCUGAAACCUCAACUUGUGCUUUCCGCUAGCAAGGAUGAAUCUGUUCGAUUGUGGAACGUUGAAACUGGGAUUUGUAUUCUGAUAUUUGCUGGAACUGGAGGUCAUCGAAACGAAGUUAUAAGUGUGGAUUUUCAUCCCUCUGAUAAGCACCGUUUUGUUAGUUGUGGUAUGGACACCACUAUUAAGAUAUGGUCAAUGAAAGAGUUUUGGACAUAUGUCGAGAAGUCAUUCACAUGGAAGGAUGAUCCAUCAAAGUUCCCAACAAAAUUUGUAGAGCUCCCUGUAUUUACAGCUUCGGUUCAUACAGAUUUUGUUGAUUGUAACCGUUGGGUUGGUGACUUUAUUCUUUCAAAGAGUGAUGAGAUACUGCUGUGGGAACCAAUACUGAAAGAGAAUUCUCCUGGAGAGGGUACUUCAGAUGUUCUUCUUAGAUACCCUAUUCCAAAUUGUAAUCUCUGGUUUAUCAAGUUUUCUUGCGACCUCUCUCUCAAUUAUCUUUCAAUAGGGAAUGAGGAAGGCAAGAUUUAUGUCUGGGAUUUAAAGAGUUGCCCUCCUGUUUUGGUUACAGUGUUAUCGCACAAUCAGUCAAAGUCGGUGAUCAGGCAAACCGCUAUGUCCACUGAUGGAAACACAAUUCUUGCUGCCUCCGAGGACGGGACUAUAUGGCGUUGGGACGCGAUUAACAAGGAGCAAGCUGUUACGGUAGAGGCCCAGCCACCUCCUAUCUUGCAUCAGUACAGGAGGAGAGAGGGAAAGUCCCAACUAAAGUAAUAGAGUGAAAAGAGGUUCUACAAGAAGAUGUGCUGGCUAACUUCUAGAAGUACAUAAGGAAUAAUGAAUAAUGAUAAGAGACAGGUCAGAGGAUCUGGGAUAACUGUGAUCUGGUACUGUGAGUAUUUAAUUAGUCUAUAAGCAAGAGUAUAGGGGAGAGAUAUCAAUGAUUUGAUCAAGUGGUUGUAAAGAGAGAAGAGUCUCUCGUGUGGAAGGCUCUCUUUGUAAUCCUUGUUUUGAAUCAAUAAAACAUUAUCUCCUCUUAAAUCA